GAUCCCCACCCUGGAUUUGAAACUUGUCUCCACUCUGCUGAAGGUUGUGCCAUGUUGCUUGGGCCGCCUCGUAGUCUAGACCGCCUCGUAGUCUGGACCGUUCCUCUCUGUAAUAAGUCCGGAUCUUCCAGUGAAACGUGUCACUGCUCCACAGCGGGGCUAUUGUUGGUGGAGGGAGAUGCGGUCAGAAACAUUGCUGUCCACCCAGAGUGGCUGCGUACUGCUGGGCCAGGGAGGCCAGCUCUGGACCCAGACUGUGGUAGUGCCUCAGUGUGUGCUGGGUCUGAGCCAGCUGCUCUUCCACCCCUCGCAGCCGAGCAGCCAUGAGACUCCUGUUGGUUGGAGGGAGCAUGAAUACCGAGUUGGGGAAACACUUUUUGCAGCUAUGUCGGUUUAUUUUG